CGUGGACAGCGUGAGCGGCUCACUGUUGGACUCGGAGCCGUGCAGUCCGUGCAGUCCCGGCUCGCCGGAGCCUCUCGGUCGGCCGGCCUCGCCCGUCUCGCUGACGCGCGCCAUCAACCAGCGACUGCAGACGGCCGCGGCGAUCAGAGUAGCGUCGGCGUCGCCGCCGGCUGGAGCGUCGCCGCCGCCCGAACAGCCCGUCGGCCACGCCCAGGACGCCCUCAUCACGCUGGACGUGUCGAUCGUGCUGCCAUCUACAGGCCAGCACCCCAGCCACACCCUGCAGACCGUCUCCGUCCGCUUCAACACCCUGGACGUCAUUGCCAACCAGGAGACGAUCGUGGAGCUGGCCGGCUUCCUGAACCGGAUCAGCCUGCCGCGUGAGACGCCCGCCGACUCCCCGCCGGUCCCCACGGAAACGCAGCCGGAGACUGAAGACGGGUGUGGACGGACGCCGGAGGACCGGGCGCGGACAGACUCGCCGCCGGCCAGCCCGCCCUCCAGCCGCACCGAGCUCACGUUCGACUUCCACAAGCUGAAUGUGCUGCUGCUGCGCUCCGUGCGGAUCCGGCACGGCUCGGUGACGGGCCGCAAGGUGGCCACGGCCACUGUGAGUGGCGCGCGCAUCCAGGCCACGCUGGCCGCCCAGCUGUGCGUGAGCGGCGCGCUGGGCGGCCUGCAGGUGCGCGACCUCAGCCCCGGCGGCCACCGGCAUCCGUGCGUCCUCUCGGUCGGCUUCGACCCCGUGGUGGAGCAGUCCCAGGACCUGCUGCGGAGGCUGAACGCCGACCUGUACCGGGACAGCGAGCAGUGUCCGCGGGCGCUGGAGUUCACCGCCUGCCGACCGGCCGGGGCCGACCAGACUGCCCAACUUCAGGUCCGGCUGGCGUCCGUGUGCUACACGCACCGCGCCCCGUUCCUGGCCGAGCUGGGCGACUGCGUGGACGAGUUCGAGCAGUACAUCACCGAGCUAGCCCGCUCGGUCGGCCUGGCCGCCGCCGAGAUGGCCCGCGAGAUGGUGCACAUCAGGGCGGACCCAUCCGGCUCCGGCGGCGACACGGGCGCGCAGUCACCGCCGCGGCCCGACGCGGCGCCGCCGCCCGAUGCCGGCCAUGCCUUCUCCGACCUGGACCUGAGUGUGGUGCUGGAGACGCCGAUCGUGGUGGUGCCGGAGAGCGUCGGCGGCAGCCGCGUGCUGGUGGCGCACCUGGGCCGCAUCGCCCUGGCCAGCCGACCCGGCGACCAGCAGCGGCUGGACGUGCGCGACAUGAACCUCUACUCGCUCGACCUGGACCGCGUGCUGCGCGCCCGCGACCUCAGCCCACGGCGGGCGUUCACCGUGCUGCGCGCCGACGAGCUGUACGACGCGCGCCUGUGCGGCGACCCGAUCCUGUACGACACGGCGCUGGAGGUGGACGGCCAGUUUGUGACGCCGGUGCGGCUCUCGGUGCUGAAGUCGCAGUACGAGCAGAUCCUGCGCACGCUGGACCAACUGACGGUGCCGCCGGUGGACGAAGACACCGAGCCGGAGCCGGGUCUGCCCGCGCACGGCCCCGGCUCAACGGCGGCCGGUGCCGACGACAGCUCAGCUGAGGCGCCGCCGGAGAGGAAGAUCUCGGUACCAGCGCAAAACCAAGUCAUACCCAUUCAUGGCUCAUUUCAGCUGUCGGAGUUUGAGAUGGAGCUGCGCAGCGACAUGGGUGGCGGCGAGGCGCGCGGCCUGGUGACGCUCACCUUCAGUGACCUGGCCGUGGCGUACGAGCGCCUGCAGCCCGACCUGACCUCGCUCCAGGUCACCCUGCAGGAGGUCACCAUGGAGGACCUGCUGCAGCCGCCGGACGCGCCGCACCGCUACCUCAUGGCCUCGCACAACACGCCGAGCGAGCGCCGGCUGUCAUCCGUCAGCGCCUUCCUGUCGACCUCGUGUCCGGACAUCGCGGCCGCGUCGGCCGACUCGGCGCUCAUCCAGUGCACGGCGACGCUGCGUGGCGCGCGCGCCGCCGUGGCACGCACCGUCGACGUCAACUUCAACUGCCUGGACGUGGUGGUCAGCCCGCAGUCGUGGGUCAUGGUGCUGGACUUCUUCGGCGGCCCGCCGCAGCCCGACACCGCCGGCCACCUGGGCGCCCUGGCGCUGGUCGACCUCACUCGGCACGGUGCGCUCUACCGCGAGCGCUUCGUCACGUCCGGCCCCGAGGCUGUACACUUCGACCUGGUCAGGUACCAGGCGCCAGACCCGGGCCUGCAGCGGCCGUUCGACCUCCAGCUGCGCCUGCACAUGGCGUCCGUGCUGUACGUGCACACGCAGCGCUUCCUGACCGAGCUGCUCCAGUUCUGCGCACACUUCACUCAGCUGCAGGAGCUGCUCAGCCGGCUGCAGGCAGGCUCGGACGUGGAACUGAGCUCGCGCGGCAGCCGGGUGUCGCUGGACGUGCAGGCCGGCGCGCCGGUGCUGCUGCUGCCGCUCUCGGCUCGCUCGCCCCACCUGCUGGUGGCCGACCUGGGCCGGCUGCGCGUCACAAACGCCUUCGUCUUCUCGGGCGCCGAGCCGCCGGACAGCGCGGCGCGCGACAUCCCGUUCUCGCGCAGGGCGGCGCCGCGCGGCCGCAUCUCGCCGGUGCUGAAGGGAGGCCGGGAGCGGCCGGCCUCUCCGGACGCCGUGCCCUGCCUGCUGGACGUCAUGGAGGUGACGCUCUCCGACAUGGACGUGUACUCGCGCGCGCCGACCGACCUCCAGCUAGGCUCGUACCUGGUGCGGCCGGCGUCCGGCGGCCGCCUGCUGAAACAGAAGGCCGGCCUCAGUCUGCUGGUGGAGCGCAACCUGGACGCCGCCCUCAACCACGACGUGCCGGACAUGAGCGUGCGCGGCAGCCUUUCGACGCUGAGCCUGUCGGUGGACCUGCCCCAGUACCGUCUGAUCCGCGGCUUGCUCGACCACAACCUGGGCGAGCCGGUGGAGCUCGAGCCGGCCACGCUCAUUCAACCGCAUCACGUCCAGGUGACAGCACCCGACUCGGUUUGGCUCACCAUGUCGGUGCGACUGGACCUGGAGAACGUCUCUCUGGAGCUGGUGUCAGGCGACGCCCCUCUGGCCCGGGUCGACUUCAUCCGCUCCCAGCUGCUCUACGAGAGCUUUUCGGACGCUUCCAAGGACGUGGACCUGAUGUCGCGCGAGAUUCGACUGUACGACGCCAGGUUCACAGACUUCCCGGCCAACAAGCGCUCCAACGUGUUCAGCCUGAUCCUGCAGCCGCUGUUUGUCAAGACGGAGCGUAGCCUGCAGGCGGAGCUGCACUACCGCGCCUCGGCCGAGCACGCCCAGUUCACCGUGCUGCUCAACAGCAUGCGACUGAUGGGUGUGCUGGACUGGUGGCGUGAGGUAAACGAGUUCAUCAGCGCCAGUCCGGAGGGCGGCUUCGGCCCGGCGCAGGCCGCCCCCACCGCCCCGGCCCCGAACGCCGGCAUGGCAGUGAGCGCAGGUGUGGUGACGCGGCGAGCGGCCGUGCUCGGUCAGCCGCAGCAGAGCCUCGAGCUCAAGCUCAACGUCUCCGACUGCGAGCUGGUGCUGGUCGAGAACCCCACACUCUCCGACUCAGCGGCCGUCAUUCUCAAGGCGACGGCGUGCGUGCAGUACCGGCCGCAGAGCCGCGAGAAGCCGCUGAGCUGCGAGCUGCAGAACUGCGAGCUCUUCAGCUGCCUGCUGGGCGGCGCCGAGCAGGAGACGGCGCUCUCCAUCGUCGACCCGGCCACCGUGAACGUCGAGGUGUCGGGAAAGCUGCCGGCCGACGCCGCCAGGGGCAUCCUGGACGCCACGGACACCGAGCUGCACUGCCACAUGGAGGUGCUGGUACAGCAGCUGAACGUGCGGGUCAGCUAUCACGACAUGAAGAUGUUCGCCGCCAUCCUGGAGAGUCUGCCGCGGCAGACGGCCGGUCUCGAAGGCCACCGCUCGCCGCAGCCAGUCAACAUGCAGGCACCGCUGCUGCAGCUGCGCCAGCUGGGCUUCUCGGAGGCCGACUGCGGCCGGGCGCUGGUCGCCAGCCAGGGGCGGCUGGACGAGGCCGCCAUCUGGCUCACCCAGCACGCGUCUCCUAGCACCGAAGCGCCUGGGACGGACCCGCCGGCGCCCAGUCAGCCGCUGUUCGACCUGCGCGGCGUCAAGCUUCACACAUCGUCCUUCUCAAUCUGCAUCAUCGACGACUGCGGGGACGCCGACGUGCCUCUGGCGGAGCUGUGCAUGAACCACUUGUCCGUGUCGCACUCGAGAGAUGGCUCUGGCGAGGCGGCGUGCGAGCUGUCGGGAGAUUACUACAACCGAGCUCUCUCCGGAUGGGAGCCAUUCCUGGAGCCCUUCAAGUGUGAGCUGGACUGGCGGCACAGCGCGCUGGUGCAGAGCGGCGCGCCCGGCGGCCGGCGCACCGCCGUGGUCCGCUCCCGGCAGCAGGCCAACCUCAACCUCACCUCCACCCUGCUCGAGCUGUACUCGAUGGUGCGCGCCAACUGGACCGAGGACUACUACAACCGGCACAGGGUGGGAGGACCGCGCGUGGCCAGCCGGCGGCGUAGCCCCUUCGUGCCGUUCAGCCUGAAGAACGACACGGGCUCGCGGCUCCGGUUCCGCACCGUGCUGACCUCCUUCAGCGGCGGCGCCGACGCGGCCACACCGGCCGGCGGCGGCCAGGGCGGCUGGACCGACGUCGAGGUGGACCAGACUCUACCCUUCACCUUCGGCGGCAGAGGGAAGCUGCGUCAUCAGGACACGCACACCACCCGCCAGCACCAGCUGCUGGUGUGGGUCGAGGGCUGGCAGCCCACGGCGCCCGUCUCCGUCGACCGCGUCGGCGUGUACUUCCGACUCACCAGUCCCGUGCCGGGCCGCCAUCCCACCGGGGUCAGAAGGGCCGCUCCCGCACCACCCGGCUUUAUUCCGAGCCUCACCAGACGUCGGCACGCCGUCCGCCAGCAGUGCUUUAGCAAAACGAGCGAUGGCGUUAUGUGUGCUGUUAAUGUAGAGCUAAUGUUUCGCCGUUUCGUUCCGGCGCCGGCGCGCGUGGUGUUCGCCGUCACGCUGCUCGGCGCCGCCCGCAAGCUGGUCACCGUUCGCUCGGCGCUGCUGAUCAGCAACCGGCUGCCCGACCCGGUCGAGGUCAAGAUGGAGAGCUCGUCCCAGCGGCUCGGAGAGCCGGCGCUGCAGGUGGCGGCGGGCGCGCGCCGACCCGUGCCGCUGGCGCUGGUGCACGCCGCCCAGACGGCCCGACCCGUGGCUCGGCCCGACGGCUGGUCGCUGUGCCGCUGCCGCAGCUGGCAGCUGGCCUCGCACGUCUACAGGUUCUGCGUCAGCGUCGACCCGGACAACUACCCGUCGGAGGAGGCGGUGCCCUGCCCCAGACAGCCCGUUCCGGGCCGCGCCAUGCCCGGGAUCCAGCCGGGCCACACGGUCAGCCUGCUGCCGCCCGUCACCGUGGUCAAUCUGCUGCCCUGCGAGCUGCGCUUCUCCUGCACCGGCACCGACGGCACGCACCGCAUCGAGCCCGGCCGGCAGGUGGACCUGGAGCAGGACCUGCUGCUGACCCUGAGUGAGACCGGCGAGCAGGCGGAGGCGGCCGGCCAGGAGGCCGACCACGAGCGCGCCCGCUCCGUCUCGCCGCUGCUCUUCUCGCUCAGCGACCCCGAGGCGCCGGCCAUGAUGGUGGCGCGCCUGGGCCGCGGCCAGCACGUGGACGGCGUGCCCCGGUGGUGUCACCACUUCCACCUGCAGCCGGAUCUGCACGUGCGCCGCCUGCGUGUGGCGCAGCGCGACAGCCGCCGCCCCGACUGGGUCUACGUGGUCGGUAUCGAGAUUCGGCCGGGCCGGGGCCGCUACAGCGACACGAACAUCAUCACCAUCUCGCCGCGCUUCCAGAUCGACAACCGCUCCACCCACCAGCUGCUCUUCUCGCAGCUGCACUUCGCCGACUCGUUCAUGGACCGCAGCGCCGAGCGCACGUGGCUGCGGGCGAUGCCGCGCAGCCAGAUGGCGUUCCACUGGCCGCGCCACGACUGCGACCACCUGCUGUGCGUCAAGCUGGCGGACGUGCCCGACUGCCACUGGUCGGGGGGCUUCCUCAUCGACCGCACCGACAGCUGCCACGUCAACAUCAGGGACAAGGACAGCCAGAGCCGCUUCUUGCGGCUGGAGGUGGUGCUGCAGGUGGCCACCUUUUACGUUGUGUUCAUGGACGCCGACGCCAUGCCGCCGCCGUUCCGCGUAGACAACUUCUCCGAGGUCAACGUCACCUUCUACCAGAGCGGUACUCAGGACCACCACCUGCGGAGUACGGUGCGGCCGCGCAGCUCCGUGCCGUACGCCUGGGACCAGCCGCUGGCCAAGUCGCUGCAGCUGACGGUGGUGGCACCCGGCGGACAGGCCGACGCGUUCGACAUGAACCAGCUGAACCAGCGGAAGCCGCUGCGCUACGACAACUUCAUGUUCAUCGCUUUCGCCGGCACCUUCGGGGGCCCGUCUGGAGCGGCGUUCGACCCGCAGAACGUCGAGUGCCGCCAGCUCGUGCUGGACGUGGUGGACGGCAACGUGGUCCUCAAGCGCAAGGAGCCGGGCGUGCGGUCGCAGCUGUGGCGCCACCUGUCGUCAGGACACGUGGUGCACGAGGGCAGCAGCCCGCCGCGCGACCCGCGUCACCCCGACCUCGACACCGACCGGCUGAUGGUGCUGGACAUCGCGACGCCGGCCAUCCAGCCGUACGAGCGUGUGCCGCUGCGGCUGCGGCGGCUGGACCGGCGCCGCCGACUCACGCAGAGCUGGCGCUUCACCGACGACGGCCGGCUCUGCUGCCAGCACCCUAACCUGUACGUGCAGGCACAGGACGGCUUCGCCGGCCUGCGCAGAGGGAGUCAGGCGGUGCUGGGCCCGGUGCCGUCCGCCGGCCUCGCGGCGUCGGCCGCCGUGCCGCCGGAGCAGGCUAUCCAGCCGCAGAUGCAGUGGCCCGGGUCGGGCCAGCUCAGCGUCCGCAUCGUCACCGACGGGCCCACCCGCGUGCUGCAGCUCACAGACGCGCAGGCUAAGGCCUGGGUGGUGGUGGGCGAGAACAACGCGUCCCGGCUGCUGGCGGCGGACGACUCUCCCGAGGAGCGGCCGCCCUGCCAGACGGAGCUGACUGUCAGUCUGCAGCUACCGGCAGGGCUGGGCGUCAGCCUGGUGUCGAGCUCGCCGCCGGCCGAGCUGCUGUUCGUCUAUCUGGGCGACAUCGCAGCCGAGUACCGGCGCACGGCGGCGCGCCACGCGCUCGCGACGAGCGCCGCCACCUGCCGGCCGUCUGCUUUCGCCGCCCACGCCGUGCCCAGCGCCUGCCAGCGCGUACAGAUCUUCGAGCACCUGGUGGUGUCUGUGAAGGACCUCACUGUGACGUUGGAAGAGCGCCUGCUGUACCACCUGCUACACUUCAUCGGCUACAGCGACGACGCCUCGGAGGUGAACCAGCUGGAGGAGUCAGACCUCGAGACGCAGAGAGCGCUGAAGGCGGCCACCUCCUCCCACAACACGCGCUACUACUGCCGGAGACUGGAGCUGGCCCUAAAGAAGGUGCGUCUGAGCGUGCUGACCUCCGCCCGGCUGCGGCCCGAGCUGGCCGCCACCCGCGACAAGCUGGGUCGCCGGCUGGUGCAGUUCGAGGGCGCUCAGGUGGAGCUGGACCCGUUCGUGCGCUGCCACCCGUUCGAGACGGCCGCCAAACUCAUCGACUCGGUGCUGGAGCACUACAAGGCGGAGCUGAGGUCGCAGGCGGCCAUCAUCCUGGGGUCGUUCGACUUCCUGGGCAACCCGCUGGGCUUCUUCAGCGACGUCAGCGAGGGCGUGUCGGGCCUGGUGAUGGAGGGCGACCUGGGCGCGCUGGUCAAGAACGUCACACACGGCGUGGCCAACUCCACGGCCAAGGUUACCGGCUCGAUCUCGGACGCCGUCGGCUGGGCGACACUGGACGAGAAGCACGACGACAAGCGGCGCCGCAUCCGCUCCCAGCACACGGCGGGCUCUGAGGAUCACCUGCUGGCCGGCCUCAAGGGCUUCGGCUACGGCCUUUGGGGCGGCGCCUCCUCGCUGGUCGUGCAGCCCAUACAGGGCGCCUCCAACGAGGGAGUCUGGGGAUUUCUGUCCGGCAUCGGGAAGGGCAUCGUAGGCACAGUGACCAAGCCGGCUGUCGGCUUCCUCGACCUGGCGACGGGCGCUGCCAACGCCGUCAAAGACACCAGCAGCAGCUCAAGCCGGCAGGCUCCGCCGCGAAUCCGUCCGAUCCGCGUGGUGCAGGGGGCCGGCGGCCUGCUGCCCAGGUACAGCAGCAAGGACGGCGACGGCCAGGAGCUGCUCGAAACGUUCACAGACCGCAGGCCCGAGGAGAGGUUUGUGGCGUACGAACUGCUGUGCGCCGGCUCCGAGCGGCUGACACUGGACGGCUCCGGGUACGCCGUCUACCCGGAGCUGCUGAGCUGCGGCGACGGCGACCUGCGCGUGCUCAUCUCCACCGAGAUGGUGCGCGUGCUCUCUCACAGCCGGCCGGGCGUCUUCACGCUGGGCUUCGCCGUGCACUUCAGUGAGCUGGAGGAGUGUCGUCCCUCGAUCGAGCGCGAUCCGGCCGGCGGACAUAUCUACAAGGUGGUGCUGACCGUGGCCGGGUCCGGCGCGGGCCGCAAGCACAGCCAGCCGUCCAUCAAGUGCCAGGACAGCAACGUGGCGAUCAGCAUCACGGAACUGAUCAACUUCGGCAAGAGCUGCUACGAAGAGCUGAAGCAUACCGUCCCGCCGUCAAAGCUCAUGUCCGACCAGCAGUGAGGCGCCCGAGAGCGCGGCCCGAGCCCAGCACCCGUGACCGGGCGUGGCCGCGUCGGCGUGCCAGGGAGCUGCUGCGCUGGUUCAGGAGAGCGCGGCCCGAGCCCAGCACCCGUGACCGGGCGUGGCCGCGUCGGCGUGCCAGGGAGGUGGUGCGCUGGUUCAGGAGAGCGCGGCCCGAGCCCAGCAUCCGUGACCGGGCGUGGCCGCGUCGGCGCACCAGGGAGGUGGUGCGCUGGUUCAGGAGAGCGCGGCCCGAGCCCAGUACCCGUGACCGGGCGUGGCCUGCGUCGGCACACCAGGGAGGUGGUGCGCUGGUUCAGGAGAGCGCGGCCCGAGCCCAGUACCCGUGACCGGGCGUGGCUGCGUCGGCGCACCAGGGAGGUGGUGCGCCGACGAUGGGGGGCAGCCGAUGCUGCAGUGGCUGGGCGGGGCAGCGAGCAUAGCUGUCUCGGCGGAGCGGCACGGAGGCCGCGCAGUGGCGGCGUCCAGUCUAGAGUGCAUGGACCGUCUGCCUCCAAGCUGGUGAGCCUGUGGCGCCAGCUGGCAGCGCAGCGUCCAGACCAGGACAGCGUGCCUUCCGGGGGAUGUGAUCGUGAUGCUCAGUGGGCUAGAUUUGACGGGCCUGUAGCCACGUCCAGGUGUGUAUGUGUAACGAGGCAGUUCGGGGUGACUGCGGCGGCACAGCAUGCGCUGCCGAUUUGAACACGUAUCGAACAACACUGGGUGACGGCGCUGCGUGCCUUUCGUCAGCGGACCGCGUCAACUGCUAAUACUUUUCCGGCUGUGUCUCUUAUGCACGGGGUCACUCAUGUAUCCUUGCUACCGCGUGGUGACGAGAUAUUUUUAGUGUCACUUGAAUGUAUCCGCCUAGACCUUUGACCUGGUACUCGCACCAGGACAGCGAUCAAAACGGGAUGGAUAGGAAGACUUUCAUUGAUGAGACUGUGCAGAGGCUAUCCGGCACCACUGUGUGGACGUGCACAUGCCUGGGCUAUUUAUUGGGGAGCGAUUGGGUGUGAACGUUGUCCGCUGAUGUCUCAGCACACGGGCGCAUAUCAAAGCCGCGUAUGUCUAGCGCAGGGGGAGCCGGGGUUUUGUAGCCAAAGAUGAUUUGCGUGUCACGCUGGGGUACGUGCGGUAUUGUUUACUGUUCUAUGCAAAAAUCAAUGAGUCAGUGGUAAUACAGGUUGUUAGGAGACCUUAUGGUUUCAUAUGUCCAAGGGGACGUCAGGAGGAGCAAACUAGUUACAACGUACACGAAUACGGUAUUGUCGCAAAUUUUGGAACCGUCGAACGCAGGCGAUAUACCCGGCGAUACGCAUACAUUCGAAUA